UCUAUAGUCACACGGUACCAAUAAUCUAUCAUUAAUCUAUGCAUGAAUUUGACAGCUACAGACAGAUCAUCAAAAUCAAACCACGGGAUUUGGGAUGUGAUUUAUGGAAUUUCUGUGAAUAUCAGCAAGUUUUUAUUUACUUUUUCCAUUACCAGAGCGAUGGCUGAGACGAGCGAAGCUCAAGCGAGCGCGUCGGCAUCAGCCCCAGGGGGCGACGCAGGCGGCGAAGAAGACAAACAUGAUGAACGAAUGCUAGAGUGCAACAUCUGCCUAGACACAGCUCGCGAUGCCGUGGUCAGCAUGUGUGGCCAUCUCUUUUGCUGGCCAUGCCUGCACCAGUGGCUGGAGACUCGGCCGAGCAGACAGGUGUGUCCGGUGUGCAAGGCGGCCAUCAGCCGGGACAAGGUCAUCCCGCUGUACGGCCGCGGCAACACCAAGCAGGAGGACCCCAGGAAUAAGGUGCCCCCACGACCGGCUGGCCAGCGCACAGAGCCAGAGAACAACAUUGGGUUCCCAGGCUUCGGGUUUGGUGAAGGGUUCCAUAUGUCAUUUGGCAUUGGAGCAUUCCCUUUUGGAGUGUUCACAUCAACAUUCAACUUUGGAGACCCAAGACCUAGUGCAGCGCCCCGCGGCACGGCCCAGUAUGAAGAAGAGCAGUUCCUAUCUAAAAUAUUCCUGUGGGUUGCGAUACUGUUCGUGCUCUGGCUCAUAUUCGCAUGACCGGGUCGGAGCGCCCCCGCCGCCCCCGCCGGCUCCGGACCAGUCGAACACUUUGCACGACUCGUCGCCCGACGGUAUGUGAAGUCGUCGCUAAAUUUGACGCGACUGCCUAGAAAAAUAGUCAUGUUUAUUCCGCAUUCACCUAUGUUUGUGAGUUUCCUUACAUCUAAAGUAUUGUUCCUCAAACCCAAGUAAUAGUCACUACGUGAGACUUUUUUGCGGCAGUCGUGUUAUAUUCAAAUUGAAAAUGUGUUAUAGGCUGAUAAAAUAUUCAUGUCUAAUCAAUCUCACAAUAUAUAAGAUCGCCACAUAUCCCUGAUUUUCUUUAACUUCUUAAAGUCCAUACUUUUGACCAAGCUUACGGACUUUAUCAAUAUUCAAUGAAUUAUUUUGUAACUACUUUUUAUUUCAAUAUCUGUGUACUUUGUACUUCAUUGCACCAAUAUUGAAUCUAUCGGCCACAUAUUGUACUAUAUCUAGAAUCAAUACGUCAAUGUUUAAGAACAAUGAAGAUAAGAGUUGUUACUCUUUCUAAACUCAACAAUGAAGUGACGUCAUUCUUCUAUGUCUAGUGUAUUUUCGUUCACAAUGAUACUCUCGGAUCGUGUUCACUAAUGUAAUUAUGAUUAGCUGCACACUGGGGAUCCACACCAUCAUCCAUUGGAAUUUCUAUAUAAAAAGAAACCUAUGUUAUAUUCCAGGCUUUACCUUUCCCACCCAUUUACCAAAUUUCUUGAAAAUCCAGAUCCAGCUGUUUUUGGAGAACAUGUGUAUUGAAUAAAUGUCGUGACUAAACCGAUUUUGUUUUACAUAUAGAUAAAUCACACUUGUCAAUUGUGCUUAACAUAUUCCAGUUUAACAACAAUUGCACAUAUAAUUUUCAAAUCCAUACAUAAUAACUAGCUUUUUGCAUUAUAAAUUAAUUAAUUUUUAUUUAUUCAAGUAACAAAGACAAAUUUUGUUAGUAAUGCUUAUGAAUUAUGUAUAGUUUACUAACAACGUUACAUAAUGGAUAAAAGCUUGCAGACUUGUCGCGCUCGAAUUUUAAUAAGCCAAUUGUAAUCUGAUUAAGAAAUCUGUGAAGCCAAUCAAAAGCAAUGGACGUUUCUGGAUGAGUGCAGUAACAGUCUGUCUAUAAUAACUUGAGACUGUCCUCGUGUACAGUCAACAGCACAUAAACCUAGCCAAAUUAAUUGCAACUCGCUGCUAUUACCGCGCCAUAGAGUUUCACGCAGGGUAACUUGAUGCGCCGUUGACUGUACCUACAUACGAAAGUAACUUUCAUCUUGAAAUUCAAUCAUGUUCAUUAUUUUACAGUCUUCUUAUACUCUUGCACAAGAGCAAAAUGUGUGCGGCCAUAUGGCGCCCACUCGUUUUAUUUUUAGUUAAAUUUAAGGUAGAUGGAGUUGAAACUGAUUUGAUUAAGUUGUAAUAACGAUGAAUUCUGAAGCCUAAAUUUGUAAUUAUUGUAAAAUACUACAAUCGGUACAUCUGGUCAAAAUUGGGUUGUAGGCAUGUAGUUGUAUCUAUGGUCAUUGUUAAAAUUGUUAUUUAUAUUGUGUUUGUUUUGUAGAAAAUGUAUUUGAAUAUUUAAAACAAUUUUUAAACAAAAACGUCGCUGUUUACUACCUCGCUAGAUAAUUUCGACUUUAAUAUAUUAAGACAAAUAGAAGUGUCAAAGACGCAUUCUUUGUGCGCAUGCACACACACUAAAAGUUGUCAUCAGCGCCCCUAGCGGAUACCAUAGCGUUAGCUCCAUUUUCCGUCCGUAAAAUCUUUAAUUUACGUCUUUCUGUAUGUAUACGGCCGCGCCCUUUUGUUACUAGUGAGUGUCGUCGAAUUGAAGUUACAACAUACGACACUUCUAUUUGUCUCAUUAUUACAAAUUCUGUUUAGCCAGCGAAACCAGUACAUAUGUGUUUGUUUUAAAAAUGUAGUUUAAGUAUUUGAUAGUAAGCGAUAACUCCAAAUGCCGGUAGCCGUAAUGUGUAGUGUAGACAGAGAAAGCUAUAGAUAUUGUCAAUUUUUGUUAGUUAUCCAUUUGUAGACACGAGGAGAAACGGGACAGAGCGCCAAUAUCUUUUGUUCCAUAGGCUCAGGCGUAAUAUUAGUGUGAGCACGUGGCUGCGCUCACACCUUGUCUAAAGUUUUCUCGAUCUACACCAUAGGACCUUUCUGGAACUUGUGAAAAGUUGUGAAUACUAACAUUUUGAAUUCUCGCGUACUGUACGAUAUGAACUAUUACAAGUAUUCGAAAGGUGUGACGAAUUGAUGAGGGCGUCAAAUAUAAUUUGACGCAGGCAAAGAAGCGAAGUUUCCUAGCCAUUAACAUUUAUUUUAUGACGCAAGUGGCGCCCCCACUCAACUUAUACUUGAGAGACUGAAUAUUUAGCUUAUUUAAAGGCCUCAUUCGCACGAAAGUUCUGUUAUCGCAUUUAACACAAGUGAUAUUCUCGAGCGUGGAAAUAAACGUUAGGCAAUGUAAGUAGGUACAGUCAACAGCACAUCAAACUAAUUAAUUCAAGCAAAUUUUCCACUUUUGCCGUGGUAUAAAGAUCAAGUAGUGUAACUUGUCAUGCGGUCGGCUGUACCAACUUGUUUCAAUCAAUGUCUUUUACAUAUUUCGUGUGAAUGAGGUUUUAGGGCUUUCUGUGAAUCAGUAUCGAAAAGAAUCCGCAAUAUAUCUUGGUGCUUAAAUAACAGUUCACAAAGAAAUCUUACGCAUACAUAUGUGCAAGUUGUACAGUAUUCUGUUACGAGUUAUGUAAAAAAAAUAAAAAUUGUAAGAAAGGUAUAUUGUUCGAAAAAGCUAAUUUUAACUAAUGUCAAGAUUAAAUGCGAGGCCGUUGCAUUCGAUACGUCGCGUGUAUGUGCAAGGAUUGUAUAGAAUUGUAACGCAUGCCUGCACGCGUACGCCGCGCAGCCAGCCACAAUUCCAUUCCAUGAACACUGCACACGAGCUGCAUACGCAUUAGAUCUGCACCGGCCCAUAGUUUCACUUUUAGUGGCACAUUCAGAACUACUUCUUGAUUUUUUAUAUUCCAUGAUGUGGAUUGGUCUGUGUGGAGUAUAUUAUGCCAAUUAUGAGUUAUCCAGUUGAACUGGCACAUACUCACUAACCAUGGGAGUAAUAAUAAGCACCUCAUAUCUAUUAUUUUUAUGAUGUCUGGGUAUUGUAUGGGUGUCUGCAUAAUCUAAUAUAUUUUUUUAAUUUUAUCAUUUAGUUCUAUAUCUUUUGUGACACCUAAAGGACUUCAGUUGCACAUCCCUCUAUAAUAGACAAAAUGUUUAUUUAAAAAUUCACCGGACGAGCCAGUGGCUGGUGAACUUAUGAGCGACAUAAAGGAUAAACACGAUAAGAAACAUAAUGGUAGAUAGGUUUUAUGUUAAUAUUCCUGUAAGUUAAGUGUAUAUAAUGCCGUAUUCUGAAAUAUGAUGUGAGCCGAGGUUAUUGGUUAAUGUAAAUUAUAAAAAUACAUUUAUUAAAUGCU